UUGCGGUUUGUUCCUCUCUAUGGCUCCUCCUCUAAGCUCUUCCGUGUCAGCUGGUAACCUUGGUAACGGACAACUUCCGAUAAGCGAGACCUGGGAGUAGAGCGAUGGCGGAGCCGAGACUUGGAGCCGAGCUGGCUUCACCAUUCCCAAUAGCUACAGAACCUCAGAAACCCCGCCCAAGAAAAGUGCCAGAGCUGCCAAUCUUGGAGAGAAGGAACUGGCUGAUACACCUGCACUAUAUCCGCAAAGAUUAUGAUGCAUGUAAGAUUGCUAUCAAAGAGCAACUCCACGAGACUCAGGGAAUGUGUGAAUAUGCAGUCUAUGUUCAAGCCUUGAUACUUCGUUUAGAAGGGAAGAUUCAAGAAUCCCUAGAACUUUUUCAGACAUGUUCCAUUCUAAAUCCUCAGAGUGCUGACAACCUCAAACAGGUGGCGCGAUCAUUGUUUCUGUUGGGGAAACACAAAGCAGCUAUUGAAGUAUACAAUGAAGCAGCUAAACUCAACCAGAAGGAUUGGGAGAUCUGCCACAACCUGGGCGUGUGCUACAUGUACCUGAAGCAUUUCAACAAGGCGAAAGACCAGCUGAAUGAUGCCUUGCAGCUCAACAAGCAUGAUCUGACAUACAUGAUGCUGGGAAAAAUUCACCUGCUGCAAGGGGAGACCGACAAAGCCAUCGAAGUCUAUAAGAAAGCAGUGGAGUUUUCUCCAGAAAACACAGAGCUCCUUACGACCCUGGGUUUACUCUAUUUGCAGCUUGGGGUUUAUCAGAAGGCAUUUGAACAUCUUGGAAAUGCACUUACAUAUGAUCCCACCAAUUAUAAGGCUAUCUUGGCAGCUGGCAGUAUGAUGCAGACUCACGGUGAUUUUGAUGUAGCCCUCACCAAGUACAGGGUAGUAGCCUACACCAUGCCUGAAAGCCCCCCAUUAUGGAACAACAUUGGAAUGUGCUUCUUCGGCAAGAAGAAAUACGUGGCAGCUAUUAGUUGCCUGAAGCGAGCCAAUUAUUUAGCUCCCUUUGACUGGAAGAUUCUGUACAAUUUGGGGCUAGUCCACCUGACAAUGCAGCAGUAUGCAUCUGCUUUCCACUUUCUCAGCGCUGCUGUCAACUUCCAGCCCCGGAUGGGAGAGCUCUACAUGCUGCUGGCAGUGGCUCUGACAAACCUCGAAGAUGUUGAGAAUGCUAAACGAUCCUAUGAGCAAGCUGUAGCGCUGGACCAGUGUAAUCCCCUGGUCAAUCUGAACUACGCGGUGCUGCUCUACAACCAGGGGGAUAAGAAGGGAGCACUAUGCCAAUACCACGAGAUGGAGAAGAAGGUCAAUGCCCUGAAAGAGAACAGCGCUCUCGACUUUGAUCCUGAGAUGGUGGAUGUGGCCCAGAAGGUGGGAGCUGCCCUUCAGGCGGGGGAGAGUCUGGUCUGGACUAAACCCAUCAAAGAUUCCAAAUCAAAGCAGCAAGCCGCUACAUCUAGCAAACCCUCCAGCACUCAGCAACCUCUGGGCUCUAACCAAGCCCUGGGUCAGGCCAUGUCUUCAGCAGCUGGGUAUGGAAAGACUAUGCAGCUUUCUACAGGAUCAAGACCAAGUGCCUGCAACAGCUUCACACCGGAGACGAUUACAUCUACACAGGCAUUGACUCUGGAGAAAGAGGACAGAAAGGAAAAGUGAGCUGGGAAAACCAGAGAAAGAGAGACUUGGGGGGACGUCUAAAAGUUCUGGGAGAAAGUUGCUAUGUUUUGGCUUAUUGAAAUUGUUAGCACUCAGAUUCCAGAGAAUUUUACAAGCAGCUUCAAGAAAUGCAUCAAUCAUUGCUUUAACUGACAAAGUGGCCUGCUUUUGACCCAUUUUUAUUCAACUAAAAGACUGUGGACUAGGGACAGAUUUCCAGCUCUAUUAUUCAAACCUCACACAGGCAUGAAACACAAAAUGGGCACAAUAGCAGUGCUUAUUACCUGUCAGGGUUGGUAAAAAUCAAUGAUUUUUUUUUUAAAUCGGAUUUUUUUUUCAUUUAAAUUGGAUUUUUUUGAUAAAAUGUUUUUUGAGGAAAAAACCUAUCUAAAGAUAGGUUUAAUUAAGAUAUCUUUGAGCUAUAAUGUAUCUUAUCAUGGAAUAGGGAUUAUAAAUUCUAAUUCUAUAGUAUGAGACAAUAUAUUCAUGUAAUGUUUAAAAAAAGUUUUGUAAAUGAGUUCCAGUAGUUCAUGGAUUAGGGACCCUUAUGGAGUUCCAUAUGCUUCUGUAUAGAUUAUUUAUCUUUCUAUCUACCCAAUGGGACUCAGUGCUCAGUCUAGAAGAUACCAUCAGAGAUGCUUAGUUUUACUUUUCUCAAACUGUGGAUUUCUGUCUCCAGAGGUAACAUAAUUGUUAACAGCAACAAUAUUUUUUAAAUAAAUAAAUAAUAUAUAGAGGUGAGAAAUAACAGACCUCAACCCUAUUGUCCCUCUGCAAAUUUGUGUACACAGGGUCAAUUCCUUACCUCUCUCUAAAAGUGCAAAGUUUCAAAAAGUUCAAUGAAUAGAAGAUUGUUGGGGGCGGAAUAGAUCUGGACAAGGAGAAGUCUGGAGAAUGUGAGAAGCAAGGGACAUUUGCUUGUUUUGUUAAAAUAUUAUACGUUUGCUGUUGAAGAAAAAAUCCAGAAUACUUAACGUUGUUUUAGUUAAAUAAAACAAUUUAAAUGGCU